GUGACGCAGACGACAAAGGCCGAUCACAAAGGGAUUUUUGUGACAUUUAUCACUAGUGAAGCAAUAGCCUGUCGUGGAUUGAAUCCAUUCGAAACGUCUGCCUAACUUGGCACUAUCUUUUUUUUAUCGUUGUUUAGUUUGCCAGAGUUUUGUGUGUGUUGUAUUGCGUACUGCGUUCAACCCCAAUCCAAUCGAUCAUCGAAUUCGGCGAGAAAAAUGGGCGAUGACGACAUGGACAAAAAGUGUUGGCCUUUGGAAAAUCGCCAGCUGCACGUGCCACCUCUAAGUGAACUGGCCGAUGUUCUUCGCCAAGGCCUCGAAUCACAUUUCGUCCACGUGACAGUAGAAGUAGUCGACUGCCCAGAUUUGAGCUCACCACCUUUCCACCUGGCUGCACCUGGUUUAGGUGGCGAGCCAUGUUUGGUCGAUUUGGGAGGCGUUCCUUACUUGGUACCGACAGCUCAACGUGAUCGUACCUACGAUCUUGCCGAUUUGCCGGGCCUAAUGAACGUUAAGGGUGGCACGAUUCUGAUGAUUGGAGCGGGAGCCGGGCCUUGGCAACAUCUUAAUACCAAUUGCGAAAUGAUGACUAAUCUGUCGUUAACUCUCGAUGAAGGAAAAAAUAACAUCGUCAACGGUACGCGAUUAGCCACGGUUGAUCCAGCUGGCCAUCGAAUGCUGCAUGUUUUACCGCCCGAACAAACUCGUUGCUCGCUCCUCAACAACCUGUUGAUCUCCCGCGGACUACCCAAUACGCCCGUCCUUCGAAUUCGUUGCCAAAAACGCACCGGGUCGAACAACUUCGUUACGUGCAUGCGAAACACUGUUGCACAGCAUUACGGCGAUAAACCAGUCGGUAUUGGGGGCGUAUUCAUGUUGGAAAAUGGCCAAGCCAGGUUACACAUCAUGCCCGACUUCUCGCCGUGUCCGUUGCAGACGGAUGCCGAUGUGAACAACUGGCUUCACUUCUAUAACGCCACUGGGCCAUUGAUUAACCUUAGCGUUUUCAUCUCUCACGACCCCGGAAUGGAUUUACGAGUCGAGCACACUCAUUGCUUUUCUACUCACGGAGAAGGCGGCCACUACCACGAAGACGUCACUCCCGAACAGGUCGUAUACGAGGGUUACUUUACGCCCGCUGAGCGCCUCUUCCGCAUUGAUCGGCCGUCAGAGACCCACCACGUUGGUCGUGAUUGAUAUCAGGCUAUUCGGAUUUGUAUAACGACGUUGUCGGCCUUAAGACAAAGCUAGUGAAACGCAGAUGGCCGUAACACGUUGUUUUUUUCGUACAAGAAUCGAAAUGGUAUGUUCGUCCUUGGAUACAAUUAGCGAUCGCCUUUCUUUUGUCCUCUGAGGCAUUGCAAUAAAGGGGAAAGUAAUAAUGUAAUAAUGUGUUUUCUAAGGAAAACUAUGAUGGAUUGGAAAAAUAUAUAUAUGUAAAGAACAAAA